UACCAUUCCCCUCUCGCUGGACAAUGCUCCUUUCUGUUACCCGCUAAGUUCCCCAUAAUAACCCCACCCGCACUCUUUGUAUCUCUACUCUACUGCCCCAUUCACGCCCGUCUAUCGCACUCAAUGCCUGCCAUUGUGUGCCCCCAGCCUCGUCCUGCGUCUUCCAGCUCGGACUCGAGCCCCGCGAACCCUGCCUCGCCGAGCGGGGACUCUGCACCCCUUAUGGACGCUGCACUUAUCACCAACGCGCCCCCUCGUCUGUUAUCCCCAAUUCACCUGAAUACGGAGAUGGAUUCCCGCAAUAUUUUUUAUUCCCCAUCCUCAUGUAGCCCUAGAAAGAGGCGCUGCAGCCCUCACGACAAUAUGUAUCGUUCCCCACGUCGCCAGCGACAGCACUGUUCGGCCGCCGACUGCCAUUUCACGACCCUGGGUGUGUUUGACCGCAUGUCCUGGAUAACCCAGGAAGCUGCUGCCAUGGACUUCGCCGAGCGGGACGUGACAGACGUCCUUGAAUGCUCCUAUCAAGAAGUCGAAUGGCUGAAGCAUUCCGAACCGUCAAGCGCAGGCCCUAUCCGUACUCCGAGGGGUCUGAAUCGCCCGGGUUCCACGGACUGUGGCAGCCCGGUCAGCCGGGAACAUUCAUCGCAUCCGCGGGCAUCUUUUCCUAGACACGAGUUCCUCACCCUGUCUCCGCGGACUCCCCCUCGCCGUCCCACCGUUCUCUCAGAAGUUCGGUUUCGGGGCCUCCUCCCCGUUCUCCCAUGAUUCACGACACUCAUGCGUCGGCAGGAUUCGUCAGGAAUCCUGCACGAUGAAGUCGACUACCCUUUUGAGGCGUUUUCCCAACACAUCAUACCAAGCCAAAUAAUCGCACAACACAUUUCUCAAUCGCAUCAACAUCAUUCCAUUCAUCGGCUCACUGUCACCUUGUCACCUGCGUUCAGUCGCGGGUUGGCUUCACCCGGUUGUAUACCAACCGCGCAUCUGCAUCUGACAAUCAUCUGCAUGAUCAUUUAUUCGUUUUUAUGAACCCAUCUUAUUAUUGAUCUAAUCGUUUGCAUUUCCCCAGAACACUUGUAGUAAUGUCUGGCUUCACGUUUCGGUUUCGGUCCUGGACUUCGUCUUCCCCCCGCUGCUCAUGUCGAUAAUAUUCUAGAGAUUGUUUUGCUUUGUGAAUUUGUUGUCCCUGUUGCUUCCAAUCCUGUUGUCAUUUAUUGCGCAUGUUAUCGCUCAGACUGUCUUACGAAUAUGCAUGUAAAUGGGUUAGCAUUUGUCCAUUGUAACGCUUGUAAUGAAAGAUUGUUG